AUGGCGCGCCGUCGCGGGCUGCCUGCCGCCAAGCACCUGACUUCUCCGAGCACGCCGGGAAAAUCUCGUUCUCGACGUUCAAAGUCGUCCAAAUCUUAUGGACGCAACUACAUGAACGACAAGACGGGCGUUAUGGUGAAUGGUUCGCUGGGCACGAAGCAUGCGGCGGAGUCGACUCCCAAAGGCGCUUUCUCACCGCCUCCACGACAGCUUAUGACUCCACGAGCUACACAAUCGACAAGUACCGACGACCAUAACGAAGAUUACGAUUCAUCCUUUUCCGAAACUGCAGAAAAGCUAUUAUCACCACGGUCCAAAAGUAUUGAGGAUUUACGGACCGCCUACCGGCAAACCACCGAUACGUAUAAUACAGUCACCAGGAUAUUAUACCCGCAGCUACUUUCAGAGGACAGGAUAGAUGCUCACCGGACAAUUCUCCUACUGGAGUUAAACCUUGCGCGAACAAAGCUUGCGCUUGAGUACAGAACAUCCCACUACGAAAUCACUCGGAACGACCAGCCGUGGAGCUCUUUACUACCCAAAUUAGCCGUCACCAAAGGCUGGCUCGAAGAGUGCGUCCACCGAAUUGAGGAUCCCUCGUCGCGCCCUCAUUGCAAGGAUGGUAAUAUCUUCUUCGAAUUGUCGCAUUAUUUCCUUGCCAUCAUCAUCAAACAACACCAAGGCUCGCUAUUCGAAGGACGGCAACUACCCUCUGAGGAUGACAUCUUUGAGGUUUUCCAGAGAGCCGAGCCACGAACACGGAAAUCUGGUCUUGGACCAACCCUGGAAAAGCUGAUCGGUGUGGACAAUCUCGAUCCGGAACUCCUGCCGGCAGUCUUGUUGCAGCUUGAACGCAGAUUAGCUUCUCAUACAGAGACAAACACGAUAGACUGGCCUGCUCCGGAAGAAAUGGUCUCUGUUGAUUCUGAAAGACGAUUGGCUCUCAGACAGCAAAUAUCAGAGCUGGAGUCGUACGUGGAGCAGAAUCAAAACCAAUUUCAUGACUCGCUGGACGUUGAUACGAUCGAGCAUGAGCUUGACUCGGGUUCAAAAGCGCCAACACACAUUACGCCGCAUGAUAAUCUAGAGGAUCCGGAGAAUAAUGAAGAAUCGCGACAACACUGGAACGCCGAUGUCUUAACGACUGACGAUGUGAAUAUGGACGAUAACACGGAUGACAGCAUUGAUCAGGAUGAAUGGGUAGCCAGCGACUUUGUACUUGAUCUGCGAGAAGUUGAUCCAGUAAUCUUGUCUGCAAAAGACAAGGCAAGAAGAGAUUCACCUUUGAGGAAAGAUGCAGAAGCAGAAGCAGCUGCAAGAUCUUCUCAGCCAUCUUAUGUUCAAACACAAGACGUAUUAACUGGUUCGAGCCACUCUCCUCUUUCCGAAGAGCAGCACGACCAACCGAAGCAGCACCUGGAUCCCACCAACUUUUCGAGACGACAACGAUACGAGCUCAUGGCGGGACGCGAGCUGUCUUGUGAUACCUCACAGAUGAACUCUUCUCCUUGGUCUUCCAGUCAACCGGACUUGCAAACUAAUGGACCAGAACCUGUAGCAGAUCAGACCUUGCUCUCUGACCUACCUGAUUUCGACGAAUUGAUGGAAGAUGUGCCUGAUGAAGAGAGCCCCUCACAGCAACAAAUGGCCUCACAACGACAGAUACAUCCCGCGGCUCUUCAACACCCUAUUGACGACACGAUCUUUGUGAGUGACGAUGAAGAAUUGCCGCCAGAUUCAAACCCUUGGCUUGCAGCUGUACGGGCUAGGACAUCUACGACAUCGUCGGUAUCAAACACACCAAUACCCAGCCCACCCACCAAAUCACAAGCUCCUCGGCGUACUGGAUCACGCAAGAGCGAACCAAUUGUCCUAAUCGACUCUACCGCUCGAUCAAGCCAACGAUCACGGAUCUCCGACUCCAUGUUUGUGAGCGAUGACGAAUUUGACGAACGACCAGCGAGUUCGAAUCCUCAUCUGGCAGCUGCAAUGCGACGGAUGGCAGGUAGAGCAUCUCAGACCAAUACCCCGACCUCCAGCGCUUCAACAAGCAGGACAUCUACGCCGAAGCUUCCUCCUCAUCUGGCGCCUGUGCGCAGAGCAGCUCAUCGCAAAUCUCUGGACCCAUCAUCACAGAUCCCGACGGCUGAGGAAAGGGAGAUAUUGGAUCAAACAGAAUAUCCCGUCGUUGAUAUUAUUAACGAAAAGACUGUCAGUGGCGAGAAGAAGUAUUUGAUCAAAUGGAAGCCCAUUCAUGGCAGAGAGUUCAUGGAUACCUGGGAGCCAGCGGAGAAUGCAAAUGCAUUGGCAGUGAGAGACUGGGAGCGGAUGAAGAAGAGAAAAGCGCAUAUGAAGAAGAAAUUUACCAAGAAAGUCGUAGAGGCUUCAUCACAGCAUCAGCGUGAGCCAUCGCCUGAACUUGGUGAAGAAGAUACCACAAUGUUCUUUGUCGAAACGAAUGGCAACAAAUCAGCUAGGUUCGUUCCCACUCCUCGCGUCAUUUCAUCAUCACCAGCAAGCUUAUCAACGGACCAAGUUCUGUCUCAUGACCGUAGCAAUAUGAUCAAUAGAGAUGACCAGAUCGCAUCAAACGCUAAGCCAACCUCCGGUCCUGCAACAGAGCGAUUGCUCAGGCCGACAAUCAGGUAUGCCGCUCAACCUAUUCAGAUCGUCGCCGUCUCUCCCGAGCCGGUACCCAACCCAACAUCCCGACCUUCUGCCCACAUCGCUGUUGCAUCUGAGCCGAUAUUAACUCAUGCAUCAGAGGCAGCACCUGGCUCGGCGCAAAAAGGCGUCGGGAACUACUGGGGGAAAGGCAAACAUCCCACACAAGCACAGCAGCGUGCAAGAAUGCGGGAAAAACGGGCGGAGAGGAGAGCUGCGAAGGCAGAGACACUGGCCAACGUGACGGACGAACAGAGAGCUGCUGAUGCACGCAGCAAGGCUAUGCACAAAAAGUCAAAGAAGGAGAGGAGAAGGACUAGAGCGGAGAGAUAUGCAGCUCUGCCGCAGGAAGAGAAAGACAGGGUGGAUGGCUGGAUAGCGUGGAAGAGGGGUCUGAGGGCAAGGAUCAAGGAAGACAAGAAACGAGCAAAGGCUAACAAAGCCAGGAAGAUGGAAGCUGCGGCGCAGAAGGCUGCCGCUACAUCGUAG